CAGCCAGUUCGUCAAAUUCCUCCAAUCCGCUAUAGGUUUUCUCCGUUCCAAAAAUCGGAGAAUUGUUAAAAAAAUAAAAUUUGGUGGGCUCGGAAAAAUGGGGAAUACGUACGCGCACUACGUUUCUCACCCGGACACGACACCGGGGAUCGAUAUAGAACCGAGUUUUGAUCCUCAGAUUGGUUUUGCGAAUGGGAGAAAACCCAGAGUUAUGGUGGCGACUGAGGAGGAAAUGCAAUCCGCUCGUCUUCCCCAAGACCGUCGAGACUACUGUGCUCACAUAUUGAUCGAUUAUCAAGCCUGUCGAAAGGAUGUCUGGCCUUGGGCUGUGAAAUGUGCUCACAAAAAUCACGAGUAUUUAAACUGCGAAUACGAAGAUUACAUCAUCAGAAUGAAGGAAUACGAACGUGAACGCAGACUUCUUGAGAGACAAAAAAGAAAGAAGCAGGCAGAAGCAGCCUAGGAUGAAUUAUAGUUGAUCAUGAAUUGAAUCACAAAUAUUUCUGUAAGCGCAGUAGCGAGUAAUAUAUAUAAAUACGGUGUUCAGUUUCUUUAUACAUAAACGCAUCGUCGUCGAUCACGUCGUGUACAUACAAUAAAAAACUAAAAUUAAAAAAAAAAAAAACAAUCUGUGAUUCCUUUUACAAUACGUUAUGUAAACAAAUUUCCUUUAUUCAAGUCGAUCUUUUAUUCUACAAGUACCUUGUUUCCAUAAUAUUUUCGUCAAACUGACUUUGUAAUUUAUUGCUAAACUAUUGUAAGUCGUCGCUUGUACGAAUAAUGCGCUGUCUGCCAGUGACCCUUAAAUCACUUUUUCACGGGCUCUUUGUCAAAAAUCCACGACAGCACAUUUUUGCCUGGCUAAAAUGUAAGCAGCACAAAGACAACUUUCAAAAUAUAUUUUAAACGGCUCCGAGGUACAGUAACAUUUAUUAACGCCUUAACCUUACGGCUAACUUGUUUUCGGUCCGAAAAAAAAUGCGAGUUCAAUUCUGUACGAAUUAUGUGAUAAUAUAACUCGUAUAGAAUCGGAGUCGCAUUUUAUUUUGGACCGAAAACAAGUUAGCCGAAAAGUUAAGACAUUAACGUAUAUGACUGUAAAUGAUGAUCAGUCUACAAGAGGAGAGGACGCUUUUGAAAAACUUGAAACGCCACGAAAAAACCAAUAUGGACGGAAAAGUUGGCGACACACUUGCUACUUAAUUUCGUCUCGUCGAUAAUUUUAGGGACUAAAAAUGCAACGAGCACUUACACAGACGCAGUGAAACGACGACGCAAGAAUAACUCGAAGUGAUAAUAUCACCUUGGACGGGAUCCCAAAACCCGAAAUAAUCAAGCUUGGAAAACGAGUUUGUAUAACGACUACGAAUUGCCUAUAAUGAUUUGUAUUACUUCAUAUAUU